AUGGUACAGGGAGUAGCCGUUGUGGACGGAAGCAUCAUCAACAAGAACCCGGCUACUGGUGAAGUUAUCAGUCGGGUUCCGUGCACACCACUCGAUGAGCUGGAUGUCAUGAUUCGCGAGGCCAAAUUGGCGCAAAAGUCCUGGGCGACGACUCCCGUGGCGAAACGUAUCCAACUAUUGCGGGAUGGGCUGCAGGCAAUCGAAGCCAAGUCGGGACAGCUUGCUCGGUGUAUUACGACCGAAAUGGGAAAGCCCAUUGCCGAAGCGCGGGAAGAAGUCGAGUUUGCCGUCGGCAAAGCCGAGUAUUUGACAUUGUUGGAAGCUUCUUUACAACCGCAACAGCGCGGAUCCUGUACGGUGAUCCGCCAAUCCCUUGGUGUGGUGACCGUCCUGAGCCCUUGGAACUUUCCCGCCGACGAAAUUUUGCUACUGCUUUUGCCGGCGCUGGGCUCGGGCAAUACCGCGAUUGUCAAACCUUCCGAAGUCUCCCCGGAAACGGGUGCGAUUGUCGUGAACUGCUUAGCACAGUUCUUACCAGAAAACGUAUUGCAAUUGGCCCAAGGAGAUGCACAAGUGGGUGCACACUUGGUUUCGCACAAAGACGUAGAUAUGGUGGCCAUGACGGGAAGUAGUGCGACGGGCCAGAAGAUUUUGACUGCGGCAGCUCCGCAUCUGAAACGAUUCGUUUUGGAAAUGGGCGGAAAAGAUCCCAUGGUCGUGUUUGAUGACGCUGAUUUGAAUCAAGCUGCAAAAGAUGCCGUCUCUUACUCUUUAUCCAACACGGGACAAGUCUGUUGCUCCAUUGAACGCAUUUAUGUGGCACAGACCAUUUACCGCGAGUUCCAGGAACGCGUUACUCGCUGUGCUGCGGAGUACCACGUGGGCAACGGCAUGGACGAAAACGUCAAUGUUGGUCCCAUGGUAUCCAUUCGACAACGCGAUCAUGUAAAGCGACACGUCGAAGAUGUCAUUGCCAAAGGUGCCAAAGUCUUACACCAAAGUAAGAUUCCGUCAACUGCCAGUACAGAAUCCUCUUUCUUCCCCGUGACAGUUCUGGCGGAUGUGAAGGAGAACAUGCACAUGUACCAUGAAGAAACUUUUGGCCCCGUGGUCGCAUUGACUCCAUUUGACGGGUCCGAAGAAGAAGCUAUUCGGCUGGCCAACGAUACUGAAUAUGGACUGGCGAGCUGCGUCUAUACGCAAGAUAUGGACAGAGCACAGAGAGUAGCGAGCGCAAUCGAGGCUGGGCAAAUCGGUAUCAACUGCUACUCAUUGGAAAACAUGGACGUGGCGUGCCCCUGGGUAGGCCACAAGAAGUCUGGUUUUGGGUAUCAUUCCGGCCAGGAAGGGUUCCAUCAGUUUUCUAUUCCCAAAACGCUGGUGUAUGUUCCCAGUGCACAUAGUACGAAGGAUUGA